AUGAGACGAUGUGAUGUUGAGUAACUUUUAUUAUAUUUAUUAUAUUUAUUAUCUGUCACGUCUGAAUCUACAGAAACAAACAGGAACUUAUUGAUCUGCUUAUUGUUUUAGAUGAAGACUAUUGAUCUGAUCAUAAUGAUGCUGUGAGGAAGGCCUGUGUCUACAGAUCAAUACAUGAGGGGAUUCUAUUAUAAACCAUAUUAAUCAAUAAUAUCCUGUACUUUAAGAACUUUAAUCUGUGGAAAAUAAAAAAACAAUAAAACAAAUUAAGUUUAUUAGAACAGAACAUUUGUUUCACAUGAAACAUAAAUUCAUCAAAGGAAACAUAAUAAAAGACAUUUAAAUAAAAUUAAAAGAGUUAAAGAAGAGAAAACAGCAUCAGAGGAGGAUAACGGUCACAGCGCCCCCCCGCCGGUCCGGUCACACCGGGUACUGCACCCAAAGCUCAAACGGUUUGUUGUUCAGCUCCGCUCCGGCACGAGCAUCAAUUGCGCAUGCGCAAUGAUAUGAAUGGCCGCUGCACCUGACGGCCCACCAGGAAGUGUGGCGGACAAAUCCUCGGCCGUUAAUCCCCGCUCGGCUCGGUAACCGGAGGAGGCAGCGGGCCGGACCGCGCACACUGACCGUCGGCACCGUCUCCGCUCCGGGCUCGGCCUCCGUCCUCCGCCGCCUGUCGCUGCUGCAGACCCCGCUGCUGCUGAGCUGAGGCUCCGUGAAGCUCCGGGAGGCUCCGGGCUCGUCCACCCUGACUGACAUGGGAUGCUGCGGGAGCGCGGAGAGGACAAAGAGAGAGUGGAGACCGCUGGAGGACCGGAGCUGCACAGACCUGCCCUGGUUCCUGCUCUUCACCGUCUUCUGCGUCGGCAUGGGCAGCAUCUGCGGCUUCACCAUCGUCACCGGCGGCGCCGCUCGCCUCGUCUUCGGAUAUGACAGCUACGGCAACACCUGCGGCCAACGCAACGAGCAGAUCGAAGGCGUCCGGCUCAGCGGCCUCGACCACACCGACCGGAAGUUCGUCUUCUUCUUGGAUCCGUGUAACAUCGACAUCGUUCAGAGGAAAAUAAAGUCGAUGGCUCUGUGUGUGUCUCUGUGUCCCACUGAGGAGCUGAAGACCUACCAGGACCUGAAGAGGUUCGCCAUGAGCAACGGAUCAGAACUGUGUUCCUACGAGUUAGCAGGUCAUAAGUAUCCGGGUCUACCUGAGAGAUUCUCCAAAUGUCCCAAACUUCCUGUUCCUCCCAGUAAGCCGCUGCCGGUGUUCAACCGCUGCACUCCGCUGGAUAUUUCCUGUUAUGCAAAGUUUGCGGAGGCCGUGGUGACGUUCGUCAGCGAUAACAGCGUUCUGCACCGGCUGAUCGCCGGCGUCGCCGCCAGCAAAGAGAUCAUCAUCGGGCUGUGUGUGCUCGCUCUGGUCCUCUCGAUGACCCUGAUGAUGAUCAUUCGUUACAUCUCGGCCGUCCUCGUCUGGAUCCUCACCUCGCUGGUCGUCCUCGGAUCGCUGGCUGGGACCAGUGUGCUGUGGUGGCUCUACAUCGAUCACCGUCUCUAUGGAAACGACACCACCACUAAAGUGACGAAGGAGGUGAAGGAGGAGGUGGAGAUCCGCAGAGACAAUGGCCAGGCGCUGCUGGUCUACGCCAUCGCCGCCACCGUCUUCACCAUCAUCCUGCUGCUGUUGAUGCUGUUCAUGAGGAAACGUGUGGCUCUGACCAUCGCUCUGUUCCACGUGGCGGGAAAAGUCUUCAUCCACCUCCCCCUGCUCACCCUGCAGCCCUUCGUCACCUUCCUCGCCCUCCUGCUCUUCUGGAUCUACUGGGUCCUGGUGCUGCUGUUCCUGGGAACCACCGGGAACCCAGUCCAGAACGAGGAGACGGGUCUGACGGAGUUCCGGCUGACAGGGCCUCUUCAGUACCUGACCUGGUACCAUGCUGUGGGUCUGGUCUGGAUCAGUGAAUUCAUCCUGGCCUGCCAGCAGAUGACUGUGGCCGGAGCCGUGGUCACCUACUACUUCACCAGGGACAAGAACCGGCUCCCGGUGACCCCCAUCCUGUCCUCAGUCCUGAGGCUGGUCAGGUAUCACCUGGGCACCGUCGCUAAAGGAUCCUUCAUCAUCACACUGGUGAAGAUCCCCAGACUCAUCCUCAUGUACAUCCACAACCAGCUGAAAGGAAAGGAGAACGCGUGUGCUCGCUGUCUGCUGAAAACUUGUAUCUGCUGUCUGUGGUGUUUGGAGAAGUGCCUCAACUAUCUCAAUCAGAAUGCUUAUGCAGCCACAGCCAUCAACAGCACCAGUUUCUGCACGUCUGCACGUGACGCCUUCGUGAUCCUGGUGGAAAACGCUCUGCGCGUCGCCACAAUCAACGCCAUCGGAGACUUUGUGCUCUUCCUGGGGAAGAUCCUGAUUGUCACGUCGACGGCGUUUGCCGGCGUCCUCCUCCUGAACUACCAGCGGGAUUACGCCGAGUGGCUUCUGCCGCUCAUCAUCGUGUGUCUGUUCGCCUUCCUGGUGGCUCACUGCUUCCUGUCCAUCUUCGAGAUCGUGGUGGACGUCCUCUUCCUCUGCUUCGCCAUCGACACUAAGUACAACGACGGCACUCCAGGGAAGGAGUUCUUCAUGGACAAAGCUCUGAUGGAGUUCGUGGAGAGCAGCCGGCGGUUGGAGCGAGCGGUGGAGCGUGGGCGGAGCCGGGUGAAGGAGGCCGUGUCAGAGGGGGCGGAGAUGAAGCCCAUGGUGAGUGACAGCGGCGGUGGAGGGGGCUGGGCCAGGCAGAAGAGCAUGUCACAGGAGGAGGAGGCAGGGGCGGGGCCGGAGGAGGGCGGAGGGGAGUGGGAGGAGCUUCAGGAGUUCCAGGUGUAUUACCUGCUGGUGGGCGUGCUGGUGGACUGGGUGCUGACGGAACAGAGCAGCUUCGUCCUCUGUCUCAGCGAGGACGUCGUCCUCUUCCUCUGCGUCUACCUGCCCACAUCCACCCUGUUCCUGUUCGUCAGCCUGCUGCACACGCCAAACCCCUCCUCCUCUACCGCCACCACCGCCAAAGCAGCCACCGUCACCGCCACCAGCUAACACAGGCAUGCUAACAGACACGUGCUGACAGGCAUGCUAACAGACGUGCUAACACAGGCAUGCUAACAGACACGUGCUGACAGGCAUGCUAACAGACAUGUGCUAACACAGGCAUGCUAACAGACACGUGCUGACAGGCAUGCUAACAGACACAUGCUAACAGGCAUGCUAACAGACACGUGCUGACAGGCAUGCUAACAGACACGUGCUAACAGGCAUGCUAACAGACACGUGCUAACAGGCAUGCUAACAGACACGUGCUGACAGGCAUGCUAACAGACACGUGCUAACAGGCAUGCUAACAGACACGUGCUGACAGGCAUGCUAACAGACACAUGCUAACAGGCAUGCUAACAGACACGUGCUGACAGGCAUGCUAACAGACACGUGCUAACAGGCAUGCUAACAGACACGUGCUAACAGGCAUGCUAACAGACACAUGCUAACAGGCAUGCUAACAGACACGUGCUAACACAGGCAUGCUAACAGACACGUGCUAACAGGCAUGCUAACAGACUGUGCUAACAGGCAUGCUAACAGACACAUGCUAACACAGGCAUGCUAACAGACACGUGCUAACACAGGCAUGCUAAUCUGACUCCUCCUCAUCAUCGUCUUCAUCGUCUUCCUGUUUAUUUGUAAUUCAUUUUUUACUUUUGUAUCUUUUGUAUUUAAAAUGUUUUUUAAAACUUGUUUUGCAGCUCUGAGUGUUUUUAUUUUCUCGCCGCCGUGCUUUAUGGACUCAGCAGACAAUAAAUGCUGUGAUGUCACAGGCUACGUAGAGGACCACAGUUUGGACCACCAACCACAGAUUUCACCACGUUUCUCUAAAAGUUGUGGUCUGUUUUACAGACGUGAACAGAUGAAAGUCAUUCCGACUUCAUUAGUGUUGAUUAACGAGCCGACUGAUUAAAGUUUAUUAACUUUACACAGAAGGUGUCUGCUGGGUCCUAGCUUCCCACCACAGGUUAAUAAACUCGUACCUGCAUUCAUCUUCUCACUAA